AUGUCUGCCCGUCGAUGUUUUUGUGUCCUCCAGCCCUUCUCCCAAUACGGAGGUGCUUUCGUCGAGUCUCGUCGUUUUACCUCCACGAUCCUUCAGGAGCGUCUGCGGAGGCUGGCAGCUAUUCGUUCCCCGGAAAAUGUGGUGGUUGAGGAGAAAAACGAGUUGGAGAGAAGCCUCCCGCGCGAAGUCGAGGAGAUGCACCAAAAGGCACAUGAUGCGGGGAAGGACAAGUACGUCGACCCGAACACCGGCCAGAUAGUGCUGACACGACACUUCCACAUAAAGCGUGGCAUCUGUUGUGGAAACAGAUGUCGGCAUUGCCCGUACAAUCACGUAAACGUUUUGGCCGCGGCCGCUCGAGCUCCACCAAAAAGACAGAUCGAUUGA